CUCAGUGACGGAUUGGCGAUGGCAACCAACAAGGGUAAUCUGACAAAUGACUCCAGUGUUUAUCCGUGAGGCGUCAAAUGGUGUUCAUCUUUUCGUGACGCACCGGCGGAGGGAGACUCUUGUGAAUAUGUCGAGUGACUUUGUUGUCGUCUCCUUCCUAGUCAAAUCUGCUGCCUUCUGCCUGUCAGUCACUCGCUCGUUUUCAAAACUUGUGGGGAAUGUUGAAACCGUGACACUGCACGCAGCUGCGGGCGAAAGAAAAGGCUAGCUCCGUUCAUCAGACCGUUCCCUCAAGUCAUCCAUCCAUCUACCUGGCUCAUCUGCACUACAACUGAUUUUGGAUGUUUCCACUCAAGAGCAGUUUGUUUCUCCCACACUGAAUAAGAGGCCUCCAUCCUUACUCAUCCGCUCUCCCACAUCCUGAGAACACUUUGAGGGGACACAAAAUUUUGCGGGGAUUUCCAAGGGUGACUGGUGAGCGUGUUCCCAUCCACCAGCGAGCCUGCUGGUACGUCGUCGCCAUGGCUACCAACAGGGAACAGCAGGUGGGCCACAUGACAGGCUUCCCACCUGCUGUGUACCCCUUUGCCUUCAACUCCAUGAGGAGCCACUCUCCCUUUGACCUGCUGGCCAAGAGCAGCCUUUUUGGAAGAUUCAGUGCUGACCUGCCCAAAGAAAUGGCUGCACUCUCGGUGGAGACCCAGAGCACCAGCUCGGAGGAGAUGGUACCCAGUUCUCCAUCUCCACCUCCCCCACCUCGUGUCUACAAGCCCUGCUUUGUGUGCCAGGACAAGUCCUCGGGGUAUCACUAUGGGGUCAGCUCCUGUGAGGGUUGCAAGGGUUUCUUCCGUCGCAGUAUCCAGAAGAACAUGGUGUACACCUGCCACCGAGACAAGAACUGUCAGAUUAACAAGGUCACACGCAACCGCUGCCAGUAUUGCAGGCUGCAGAAGUGCUUUGAAGUCGGCAUGUCCAAGGAAGCGGUACGCAAUGACAGAAACAAGAAGAAGAAAGAUGUGAAGGAGGAAGUGGUGCUCCCAGAGAGCUACGAGCUCAGUGGAGAGCUGGAGGAGUUGGUCAAUAAAGUCAGCAAAGCUCAUCAAGAAACCUUCCCUUCACUUUGCCAACUGGGCAAAUACACCACCAACUCCAGCUCGGACCACCGCGUCCAGCUAGAUCUGGGUUUGUGGGACAAGUUCAGCGAGCUCUCCACUAAAUGUAUCAUCAAGAUUGUGGAAUUUGCCAAACGGCUGCCAGGUUUCACCAGCCUCACCAUCGCUGACCAGAUAACCCUUCUUAAGUCUGCUUGCCUGGACAUUCUAAUGCUCAGGAUCUGUACACGCUACACUCCAGAACAGGACACCAUGACCUUCUCCGAUGGUCUGACCCUGAACCGGACUCAGAUGCACAACGCUGGUUUUGGACCGCUUACAGACUUGGUGUUUGCCUUUGCCGGCCAGCUUUUACCCCUGGAGAUGGACGACACCGAAACCGGCCUCCUCAGCGCCAUCUGCCUCAUCUGUGGGGAUCGUAUGGAUCUGGAGGAGCCUCAAAAAGUGGAUAAGCUGCAAGAACCUCUACUAGAGGCUUUAAAGAUUUACGCCCGCCGCCGACGGCCCAACAAACCUCACAUGUUCCCCCGCAUGCUUAUGAAAAUUACGGACCUCAGGGGCAUCAGCACAAAGGGAGCAGAGAGAGCCAUCACUCUGAAGAUGGAAAUCCCAGGCCCGAUGCCUCCUCUGAUCAGGGAGAUGCUGGAAAACCCCGAGGCUUUCGAGGACCAAACGGAGCGCAAUGAUAGCCCGCCGCCGCCGCCGCCACCACCACCACAUCCCCCCACUCUGGUGCUGAAGCAGGAGGCCGAAGACGAGGAUGACAGCUGGGCCACGGAGAAUGGCAGCGAGCCAUCGCCGGAAGAGGAGGAGGACGACGAUGAAGAUGAUGCGGGCGACGAAGACAGAGACAGGGGCUCGGACAGCGAUGGGGAGCAAUGGGGGGCUCUGGAUGCCAUAGAUUUAGAUGGCGGCAGGAAAGGCCUUGUAGGGAGGGCUCAGUGAACGGCCCAUUUUCUACACACGCACUGAUUGAUGACACAAACUCACACAUACACACACACUGAUAACCUCACUCCAUCUCCCACCUCAAUAAAAAGCUGGCCUUCUCGCCCUCCCGGUGUCCUCCACAGUGGAGCCUUAUGAGAUCAGACGCAUUAAAUUGUGGCCCACAUGCUCCGAGACAAAUGAACUUUAGACAAAUCAAGAAAUGGAGACACGACAGUAAAAAGACACACGCAAACCAGUGUCAAGGCCAAGCAGGAGGUCACGUGACAAAAAGAAGCCGUGCUCUCAAGUCUCCACUUUUGUCAUUUGAAGACAGAAAGCACAUUUCGCAAAACGAAUAUGAGAACAAGGCAAAACCAAAUCACAGUACAUGUUUAUCUUUGUUUUUGUGGUUAUUGCUGUUGACUAUUGUUUUUCCUCUUUUCUCAAUUUAUGGACGUCCAUACAUAUAUAUGUAUAUAUAUAUACCGUAUAUUUACCAUUAUAGUUUUGUCUUUUUUUUUUUUUAAUUUUUUUUUAAUUUUCCCGGUAUAUAUAUAUAUGACUUCUUGUCUCUUUUGAAGAGCUUUCCACAGAGGAUAUUCAGAGGGAAAGCAGAAUGCAGGCUGGGUCUUCCGGAACAGUUCAACAGGCUUUUUUUUUCUUUUCUUUUUUUAAUCCUCCACAGCGGGGAGGGGGAUUCACUGUGGACAACAGUGAUAAUCAAACCGUGAGGACUAUUGUCGCAUUGCGGUGAAUAAUCACGUCUGUGUUGUCAGAGAAAUUGGCAGCAUUCUCUUUUGAAUUCAGUGUUGUGCCAAAGUUGAGAAAAAAAGUUCAGAUUUUUCAUGGGUUGGGGUGGGGGGACGUUUGACUACUAGCGCCACAAUACAUAAACACACUCCUUUCUUCAGCAGAUUUACACUUGAUCCUAAAUGUAGCACUUUUGUACAAGACAAAUGCAUUGGCACGUUCAACCGGCAAUACAAUCGAGCUCGGAGCUCUUUCCGAUGAUGUCAGUGGACAUACACAAACACACGGAGGGAGAAACAAUAAAACAAACAAAAAAAAAAAACAAUUGUAUGCAAGCGCAAAGUAGGAAAAUUCUUAUGGAAGAUAUUUUGGAAUAAGACUCAGGGCUUUUCGGUGAGGACCAAACACUAGGCUGCUUGCAGGCACUAGAAACAGGCAAUAUUUAUGUGUGUAUUCUUGACCCGCUUUUGAUUAGCUGAACCCCAUCUGUGUGUACAUAGAAGGUGACAUAAAAGUCCAAGCAGGUAGCGUGGAUGCCGGCGUAACUUCCUUCCAGCUCGGUCUUGCCCUGACCUUUGCUCAGGCUGGCAUCUGUGCAACACGCUGCCUUCUCAUCCCAAAAAGCCAUUAUUAGAUCAUCAUUUCUUGUGUAUACCCUCACUUCUCUUUAAAUGUGUAGAAAGAUGUGUUCUUACGUAUGAUUUUCUAUAUUACGUUGCCAAAAUGUCCUGUUUGGCAAGCAGUGGCGGGAAAAGCAACAGAUAUACAGAAUUUAAUGUUUUUUUCUCUUUCAAGCAAUAUAAACUGUAGCGACGAGAGGGCCCAUAAUGUAAAUGUGGGCAGGUCUCCUCAUUUUCAGCUGUGUGGGUGUGUGUGUGCGCGUGCAGAGUAAAGUCCAAAAUUAUUUGUACCCAAGCCAAAUUUUGAGUAAGGUGAAUUUUUAGGGGAGCUGGAAAUGACUCAAGAUUGUGGAAUGUAGAUAUACAGUAUAUUUUAAUACCCACUGACUUACUCUUGUCGCAUGUCGAAUGUACUAGAUCAGUAAUUCUUAAACUUUUUAUUGAACGUACCAACUUAGGCGAAAAAAUACUUGGCACCUGGAUCCUUUAUAAUGGCAAAAUAUGUUUAAUUUUCUUAAGAAGAAUCUUUUCAAGAUUUCACAAACUAUCAAAAAAGGCCAUUAUCGCCCACAUGAACUCAUUCUCAUGGCGAUAGACUUCCAUGGCGACAGAGCCAAUAUCGCCACCGUAACUUGUCUCAAUUCCAGUCAGGAGAUUCACCUAAUAAAAAUUCACGUCAACUCAAAAUGUAGCCUGGUGGAGAACAAUGACUUUGUGCUGACUGAGCAGGAGUGUGUUUUCAGCCAUUGGAUGUCCACUGUUACGGUGCUGUCACACACUCAAGCGCCUUGGUGUGAUGACUCUGCUCUGCUGGGCUGUUACCAUGUUAAUGUCAUGUUGAUGCAGGCAAAACAUUUGAGACGAUGCUGUUUUUAUCGUUCGACUUUUUUCAACAUGGCCAAUGUGUUGUGUACCCAUUGUUUAUGUCAACUCUUGUUAUACAAAGAAAAGCCAUAUAAACAUUAAGAGGCACAAUAAACUACUUUUGUGAGAUUUAUGGGCAACUUUUGUCUUACUUUUUUAAACUUUCGCCAAUGACAGCAAUAGACCCUACUCACCAACAUCACAGAAUGACGUGUCGCUGUAUCCGGCCGCCAUAUUAUCAGUCUUUGUUUAUCCGUAUUCUCAAUGGUUUCAAUUUGUCGUGCAAUUUAUAGUGCAAUUCAUGGAAGCCCUGGUGCUUUCAGACGUUGUAAACUCAUUGGAUGCGUUGCAUAUAAGGCGUUAUGUGGAAAAGCUUCAGUCUAUCCAUUCGUCAGAUCCAUAUUUGAUGCCUAAAUCGAUAUUUUUCGACCCGCUGUCUUCGCCCUUUCUGCCUGACAUCUGCUACCCUGAUAUCUACAACUAUCUUGUCCACACAAAAUCAGCCUAUUCUCACAAAAGUUUGAAAAACUUUAAGAGCAGCACUCUAAGCAACAUUACCCCGUGUGACCCUUUACUUACAAUUUUCUAAAAUGGCGACAUUCAAUAAAAAAAAAAGUUGACUGCGAUGGCCGACGCUUCAAGGAUAGGUGGAUAUUGGACUAUUUCUUCAAUAAAACACGCAACAACUGUGUCUGCCUCAUUUGCAAAGAGACAGUCGCUGUUUUCAAAGAGUUCGAUGUGACGCCAUAAUGAUAUUACCGAACAAGACACGCUGACAUGUAUGACAACAUUACAGGGAAGAUAUGCAGCGAGAAAUUAUAGCAACUUGAAGCUAGUUUAAUUUCACAGCAGCAGUAUUUCGCAAGAGCCCGAGUGUCGAAAGAGAAGGCCACAAAGACGAGACUGUUGAAAUUAUGAAUUAAAAAAAAUAAUAAAGCAAAUGUGACACACAGAAGGGCUUGCUAAAAUUUGUUUAAAUAUAUUGUUCUAUGUAAAUCAGCCAAGGUAGCCCCCCGCAUUUUUACCACACCAAAUCUGGCCCCCUUUGCAAAAGGUUUGGACACACCUGUUUAACUGAUGAUCCGUAGACGAGGCCAGCUUCUUUCACUUGGUACCAGCUAAAUAUUAUUCAAAAUGUAAUGAUGGUGGAAGAAAUAAGCAUCUUGAAUUUGAAACUGUAUGUUAUCGGCUAUUAGCCUCGCAAUGAUCUUAAUUGUGGUUGUCAGCCCAAAACCCUCUAAAUACAUAUUAAAUGCAUCUUACCAGAUAUAAAAUGACUACUACAUAAUCUGUGGUAAUCGUUUGGAGCCCAGUUUUCUCGUCGAAUUGCAGCAGUCCAUCUCGCUCUCCUCUCCGGGUCUCUCGGAAUACGGUAGAACUUCAAGUCUCUCCGUCUAUCUUCUCUGUUAUUGCAACCAACCGCCACACACGCCUUCACCAUUUUGAUUAUUAAUGUUAACGAGCAGAAAAACACGCCAUAAUAGGAGGAAUUUACGUAGCGGUAAUGCGUCAACACGACGAGUUGACGGACAAUAUGGCGCGGAGGCGUGGUUGUGACGUCAUGUGAGUAGGGUCUAUAGACGUCCAAUGUAUUUUAACUGGGACCCUACUCAUUAUAAUAGAUUGGACAUCUACAGUAUCAACGUCAAUUGCAGCAAAUGAAAAUAUGUAAAUGUAUAGUUUGAAAACCCAACAUCGGUUGAUGCAAAAAUGCUGUCCAAAUAGAAAAACAUCAGGCACCCUAAACCCCCAAGCGGCAUCAAUGUCUGUUUUCUGCCUGGAAGCAAUUUUCCUCCACCAGGUAACAUCCUUUUCGACUGGAAAUUUCCAGUAAUUUCUUAACCCUUGGUCCAAUGACAUGCUAAGGUUUACCAGCAGUG